AUGUCAUCUUGGCUUUUUGGUGGCAACAGCACUGCGCCAGCAUCUUCAAUACCAUCUUCUUCUUCUUCAGUAUCACAAACACAAGCUAAUAACACUAAUAGUUCAUCGGGCUUCGAUACUAACCCAUUAACAAAUGUUUUUAACAACGUAUCAUUCGAUCCAGCAAGAUUACAUCCAUUAGCUGGCCUAGAUAAAGGAGUUGAAUACCUAGACCUAGAAGAAGAACAAUUAUCUACUUUAGAAGGAUCUCAAGGUUUAAUACCAUCUCGUGGUUGGACAGAUGAUCUUUGUUACGGUACAGGUGCUGUAUAUUUAUUAGGGUUAGGUAUUGGUGGAUUUUCUGGAUUUAUACAAGGUUUGAAAAAUAUCCCCCCUAAUAGUCCUGGGAAAUUACAAUUAAAUACUAUACUUAAUAGUAUCACUAAGAGAGGUCCAUUCAUUGGGAAUAAUGCAGGGAUCUUAGCAUUAAGCUAUAAUUUGAUUAAUUCUUCUAUCGAUAGUUUUAGAGGGAAACAUGAUACUCCUGGGGCUAUUGCUGCAGGGGCUAUCACUGGAGCUAUUUUUAAAUCUUCGAAAGGUUUGAAACCAAUGGCUUAUGCUUCUGGUUUGAUGGCUGGUGCUUCAGCUGCUUGGUGUGGUAUGAAGAAAACUGUUUUAGAAUAG